GCUCUUUCCGGACGAAGCCGCGAUCGCAGCCGAUUCCCCGCUCUGCGCUCGCGACUCUGGCACAACACUCAUUUAGCGUUGUUUUGGUCCUGACCUAUCCUACUUACAAGCGCAUUUCUCUCAAACAAGAAAAUGGAAACCGCCAAUCAGAUUGUGUCGCUCGGGACAUUCCAAGUUCUUAAAUUACCUUUGGGAUUUAUCCGCGUUCUGGAAUGGCUUUUUGCCAUCUUUGCAUUUGCAACAUGUGGAGGCUACUCUGGGCAACUGCGGGUUAGUGUGGACUGCAUCAACAAGUCCGACAGCAACCUCAGUAUUGGCAUCAACUUUGCUUACCCAUUCAGGUUAAACCGGGUGGAGUUUGACGUGCCUAUGUGUGAGGGAAGGAGACAAGAGAGGCUUUACCUGAUCGGAGACUUUUCCUCCUCCGCUGAGUUCUUCGUCACCAUUGCUGUCUUUUCCUUUCUGUACUCCCUGCUGGCAACUGUGGUCUACAUCUUUUUCCAGAACAAGUACCGUGAAAACAACCGUGGACCUCUCAUUGACUUCAUAGUGACGGUGGUAUUCUCAUUUAUGUGGCUAGUAAGUUCAUCUGCCUGGGCAAAAGGUCUUUCAGAUGUAAAGGCAGCGACUGAUCCAGAUGAGGUGGUUCUGCUCAUGUCUGCAUGUAAGGUGCAGACUAACAAGUGCAGCACACUGUAUGGACCCAGAUGGUCUGGCCUGAACACUUCUGUGGUAUUUGGUUAUUUGAACUUCGUGCUGUGGGCUGGGAACAUCUGGUUUGUGUUUAAAGAGACAGGAUGGCACAAGGGAGGUGCGGCAAGGUACCCUGCCUCGUCUUCAGAAAAACAAACCACAGCCUUCAACCAGCAGGUCUACAACCAGGGAAGCUUUGAUCAGUCAGGAGGUACUUUUACUGGAACGGGGGACUUCGCCCAGUCAGAGUACAGCCAGGUGGGAAAUUAUGGUGGGCCCAUCUCCUACACCAAUCAGUAACGCCCUCUGCCUCUUUGUAAUCCCCCAAUACAGGGGAGCCAUUUCUAAGGGCAAAGUUCAACACUGAGCACAAGAGAAGAAAGAAAAGAUUAGUUAACCCAUAGAUUAAAAUGCAUCCUUUAUUUCUGAUUAUAUAAACAAAUAAAGGCUUAUAAGGUUGAGAAUACUAAUACGUUUUUAAAAUAAAUAACAGGGAUCCUCAGAUGUAUUGUAUGGUUUUUGGAUUUUACCUGUCCGUAAAUGUUACUGAAAUAUCACUGUUUACUGAACAAAGGUCAUUGCAUCCAAAUGUGAAACUCAGUGCAAUAGUUCUUGCAGGGAAAUCUGCAAAUCCAUUGUUUUUAAUGGAGAUGAUGCAUAUGAAGGACGUUUACAAAAGUGAUAUUAUAUCACUAUGACCAAAAGUUUUUAGAAACUGUCCAUCUGUAAUCUAAAUAGCAUUUCUCCUUCAUUUAUAUCAGACUCUUUCCACAACCUUGAAACAAUUCCUAUUUGUCAAAUGCUCCAUCUGAGUUUUUUCGAGUGUGUAGGCGGCCAUAAAGUCAACAUCAAUUGAUUUUCACUUCCGUAAUGUCACAUUUUCGGAGCCGUAACGAAUAUUAAGUUGCUAAAACAAGAGCUGUUCAGUCAUUGGUUAACACUAUCCACUAUUCAUUGCUAAGGGAAAGUCGAUUCAGAGGCAGAACAAAUGAUGUUUUCAUUACAGGUUACAAAGAAAACUUUAAAUAACACUCACAAUCAUCUGCGGUAAGAGCAUGAAUGUGCAUUAAGAAAGUUUCAUGUUUUUUUUGCUUUUUUUUACAUUUAAAGAAACAGGUAACCCAAAAAUGUUACCCAAAGUUUUCCAGAAAAUGCACUCAUUUUCAGACAAUCUAAGAUGCAGAUUUUGUUACUGGAACAGAUUUAGGGAAAUGUAGUAUCAUUUAGCUUUGAAUGGGUGCUGUCACUAUAAUAGUUCAAACAGCUGACAGAAACAGAAGUAAUCCACGUGACUCCAGUCCAUCAAUUAACACUUUGUGAAUGUAUUUCUGUAGUGAAAUUAAUCAUCUAGUCUGAAUCAGGAGAGAAAUAUCCACUGAUGUUUUUGUUGCCGAUAUGGAAAAACAUAAAGGCUAUCAGUUAAAUAUGCGCAGUUUCGCACAUACGAUAAGAUUGGUGCACAUUUUCUUUAAGCUGUCUAACCUUUAAAUUCACAAUGAUUACGUUUUGGCGAAUGUUGUAAUAGAAUCAGUAAACAUAUUGAUGGUCACAGCUGUAACUGCUGGGAUGAUGGUGAAUUUAGAAUUUACGUACAAUAAAGCAACAUAAUGUGAAGUAUUAUUGAUGGCUGUAUUUUUUUUUCAUACAAAUAAUAGUUGUUUUACCAUUAAGGGUUUUUAUAGUAACCCUAAAAUGUGAUUAAAUCAUUUUUCAAAUAGCUCUGCUGAGACGUAUAACAUUUCUUGUGACUGCAGAAAUAUGUUAAUUUUGUACAUAUUAUUAUUGAUUACUAUGACAUAUUAUUUGCAUCAUCUGAAGACAAUGGGGAUUAAAUGGGUCAGUGAUGGGUUUGUUUCUCACAGUCAUGUUCAUUAAUGGACUGGAGUUAUGUGGAUAAGUUGUAAAUAAUUUUGAUGUUGGUAUGAGCUGUUUGUAUUCUCAUUCCGACGGCACCCAUUCACUGAAGAGGAUCCAUUGGUGAGCAAGUGAUGUAAUGCUAAAUAUUUCUUCCGAUCAAGAAACAAACUCAUCUACAUCUUGGAUUGCCUGCGGGUGAGUACAUUUUGUUUCACUUUUGGCUGAACUGUUGUACCUAGUGUACCUGUCCUGGUGGUGAUCACCUAGAGUAGGUGAUGCAGGUGUUUGUAAUUUAUAGUAUAUAACAGAGAUUCAUUUGUCGGUAUAGAUGUUAGAUUACUGUUUGUCUGGUUUCUGGAUUUCUUAUCUCCAGAAUAAUGUCAUGCCAGUGCUUGUUGGUUUGGUGUUUGCACUAUUGUGUUUCCACAUUUAUAUGACUCUAUAAUGUUUGCACUGUAUCGAUGAACUGCAUGAAGUUGUGCCAUAAUAACCUUUUUCAGUUCAGUUUCAGUUUGUAUACCAUUCCUCUCCUAACUAACAUGGCCAUAUUAUCCGUUCUGUGACUUUUAUUAUGAUCACAAGGUGAUUGAAAUACAAUCAGUACUUAAUUUUCUUAAUUUCGCGUGUAUUUUAUUAUUCUUUACUUGCAUGAGGCUUUAUUAACAACAAAGACAAUUCUAUCUUUGAGCGAGACAAAAAAUGAGUAAAUAAAUAAACAUUCCAGUACAUGUUAAAGUUCUUGUUCUGGUUGCUGUUGCAUUUCAAUGUGAAUGAGUUUCUGUCUUGAUAUUUGAUAUUUGAUCAGUGGGUGUGAAUGCAUUUUGUGCAAAGCCAAUAAAGAUAUUGUACCUUCCUCUAGA